AUGCAGACUUUGACUGUUGAUGUCCUGAUAUGUGGCGGUGGCAUGUCCGGCAUGGCCUGCGCUGCCUUUGCCGCCGACGCCGGAGCCAAAGUACUUGUGGUCGAGAAACAGUCGGUUGUGGGUGGUUCUUCGAAUUACUCUGCCGGGAUGUUCUGGGCCCCUAAGUCCUAUGAGCGCUUGAGGUCAUGGGUACCUGCAGGUGAUCCAGAGCUACAAGCAGCGUGGAUGAAGGACUACCUGCCCGCCGUGCAAUGGAUACGGGAGAAUGGGAUCCCAAUUGAUCAAAGUUUUGAUGGGAUAAUGACAAUCGGGAUCGGCUUCCCGAUCAAGAUACCACGGCUUCACGAUCAUCAUCAACAGCGGAUCAAGAACAGCAACACUCGCUCCGAAGUAUUCACUGAUACAUCAGUGAUCAAGCUGAUACAACAAUAUCCGGGUCUACCAGGAUCUCGCAUCAUCGGCGCUAUUAUCCGCCAGAAUCACGGCGAUAGGAAGAGGCCAGUGCACAUCGAAGUCAAAGCCAGGCAGGUAGUGUUAGCUACCGGCGGAUUCCAGGGUAACCCAUCCUUAACUUCAACGUAUAUCGGCCAGGGAGGAGACAGCCUCUUUAUCCGAUCGAAUCGCGGCUCUGUCGGAGAUGGACUCACCUUGGCCAGGGCAGUAGGAGCAGGCACAAGUCGUGGAAUGAACACGUACUACGGCCAUUUGCUACCUGCUCCCUUGCGAGCUGAGGACGUCAACCCGAAGGACUUUUUGGCUUUAGCACAGUACCAAAGCAAGCACUGCCUCCUAAUCAACGAAAGCGGGCGCAGAUUCACCGACGAGACAAUGGGCGAUGAAAUUGUCAAUCAAUACCUGGCCAAACAGGAAAAGCGCUGCGGUGACAAAACAAGAAACCAGCAUUGCAUCUCCGCCCCGUUCCCUAACGCAGGUGAGAUUGAUCGUCUUGAGAAGGCUCGCGCGCACGGGUGCAAGGUCGCCAGCGCACACAGUAUCGACCAGUUGAUCGAAAUACUGGAGACGUGGGGUGUCGAUAGCGCCCAGGCCCGCCGGACGAUCGAGCAGUACGAUCGUGUGGUACGUCUUGGCGACAAGACAGCAAUGCUCGAUGCGCCGGUUGGGAAGGGGGGUAAACCACCUAUGCCUUUGACUGAGGGUCAGGGACCGUUCUUUGCCAUGGAAGUGCAGCCAUCAAUCACUUUCACAUAUGGCGGAAUUCUCAUCGACGCCGAGGCUCGUGCUCUCACUGCGGACAAGACUCCUAUUCCAGGUUUGUUAGUCACGGGUGUUGACGGCGGGGGCUUCAGCAACGUGGGCUACGCAGGAGGCUUGGCUUUGGCGUUUGUGACUGGUCUUUGGGCCGCAAGAACUGUCGCUAAGGAAUUAGGACUACCAGCGCCGCAGUUGCCAGCCGCCGAUCCGCGGGAUGUGAUAUCGAGUAAGCAAGGGGUACUUAGUCGGGUAUAG